AUGGUACAUCAAAAGUUUCGGGCAACCCUUUUUAUAAACUUUCUGACAUAUAUUAAUCUUUAUUAUUAAAACUUGAAUAUCUCUUAAAAAUAAUUUUUAAUUCAUGUUAAUAUUACCAACUUAUGCCAAUGAAUUCAUAGCUAUUAAUUAAUUUGUUAGAUUAAUCUCUAUGCAAACUUACAAAACCAGGACAAUUGUUCCACCUACCUUUUAUCUCUAUGUUCACUUCUGACCUAAACUUCAGCUUAGAUCUCCUCUCUGAUUUCUGACUUCGGUUGUGUGAUUGUGAGAGGGUUGUUUCGUUUCUCCUUCUCUUGUUUUAGCAUAGAUCUCUUCCGUGUAUUGAUAAUUUCAGGAGCAUAUAUGGUGGCGAAUCCGGUUCGAGCUCGUGGUUGGUUUGGUUCAGCUUUGUCGAUGGCGGCGGUUCUUUACGGUUUCUGAUUAUUGAGGACAAAGUCGGUCUCUCGCUUCUUCAAGAGUCAUCGUCGGAUAUCUUGUUUGAACUUACUCUCUGGAGUUGUUCGGCGCAGAUUUAGUGAAGGUGGGUGGUAGUUUGCGCCGGAGAGGAGAUUUUCAAGGCGGAUGCGUUAUAUGGAUGCAUGAACUUCCAGGUACUUGAGUAGGCUUUUGAGGGCGACAAAGAAGCGUGAAACACGAUCCCGAAAACAUUUGACCGUGAAUAUGAUCUACAUGUCAGAUCUGCAUGGAUUUCACCGAUUGGGUUCUCCUUUCUCCUCCACGAUUUCUCCCUAUACUUUGCAUAGUUCUUCAACUGAAGCAUUUUCACUAACUAGAGGGGUGGCAGCUUCAAAGGAGAUCGGUUUCUGGUAUGUACUGUUGUAGUCUCCUUCUCACUUGUGUGGCGGCUCUGUCUUAGCACGAUGGAAAGUGGUGCUAGGAUUUUAACGGGUGGGCUUCUUUUGGGCUUGAAUGCUCAUGGAUUUCGGAUAAUUGGGCUCUUUUUUUUUUUUUUUUUGUCAUCGACUUUACAGACUCAUAUUGACUCUGUGAACCAAACUGGGAGAUCUUGAUCCAUGUGAACAACCAAAGACGAUACUUUCCUAGCACUGCGAGCUAAGCUAUCCGCCUUCUUAUUAUGCGUUCUUGAAACAUAGAUGAUCUCUGCUUUGAAAAAACUCUCUUUCAGGCUGUUGAAAUCUUCCAAAUAACUUGCAAAUGCUGGCCAUUCUUCUGGUUCCGAAACCAUCUUCACCAAUUGAGAACAAUCCGUUGCAAACGUAACCUGAAAUUGUCGUAAGUUUUUCAUACAUUCCAUUGCCCAUAAUAGUGCUUCCAUCUCUGCAUGAAGAGGAGAAAGGGAAGCCCUAAUAUUCCUUGCACCCAUCAAACCCGCAAAUCCCUCUAGAGUACUAUACCAUCCUUGUCCUGAGAAAAUAUCAUUUUCCUUCCAGGACCCAUCCGUGAAACACCAUCUUCCUGGAAUUGAAGGGAGAUUCAUCGCCUCAACAUGUGGACUCCUCUUAGUCUCAUCUAGUAUUUGUGCCUCAGCCCAUAGAUUUGACUCCGUUUCAGCCAAUUUAAGGGUAUCCAACGGUUCAACAUCCAGGUUACUAAAAACUUUAUUAUUUAUUCCCUUCCAUAUGUACCAUAAUAUCCAUGCAAAUUGAUGAUCCUCCAUCUGUGGCACAACUCUCCAAAAGAGGUGAUCCAUGUUCGCAAAGAGAGAACUUAUUGGAAACACGGCUGGAUUUGUUGGAACCUUUGAAAGAGCCCAUGUCUGGAGUGCUGGAGGGCACUAAAAAAAAACAUGGUUAAUCGAUUCCUCCUCAGCUCCACAUCUUGCACAAAUGAUAUCCCCGGGUAUUCCUCUCUUUUGUAGAUUCUUCUUAACUGCAAUACACCCCGUCACCAGUUGCCAUAGAAAAUGCUUAAUCUUUGGUGGACAUCGUAUUUUCCAACAAUGUGCCUUCAAAAUAUCCACUGUGGGUCCAAACACUAAGGGUGAUUUUUCCUUAUCUGGGUAAAUCCUUUCUACCUGAUAUCCAGAUUUAACCGUAUAUUUUCCAUUAUUUGUGAAAUGCCAUCCAUCUCUGUCUGCCAUCUGAGUUCUACUCAGUGGGAUACUUUCGAUAAAUUUCACAUCCUGGGGAUCCACCAAAGCCCGAAUCACCGGCGAAUUCCAUUUCCGCAAAUGUGGAUCAAUAAGAGAAUCCACUGUAAGGUCUGGGUAAAGAUUGUGUUGAUUUUUAUUGGCUGGUCUCGGGCGAGUGGUUGGGAUCCAAGGAUCAUUCCAUACAGAUAUAGAAGAUCAUGUUCCCACCCUUUUGAUUAGUCCUUUGCUUACCAGAGAUCUAGCAGAAACAAUACUCCGCCAACCAUAUGACGGAGAAUAUGAACGAAUCGGCUCCAGGGGUGAUGCAUUCCUGAAAUACCGACCUUUAAAAACUCGAGAAAAUAAAGUAUUUGGCUUCUCUAUCAGCCUCCAUAAUUGUUUACCAAGCAUCGUUGUGUUGAAAUCAGUGAUAUCCUUAAAACCUAACCCUCCAUCUUCCUUACUGACACAUACUUUGUCCCAUGAUUUCCAAUGCAUUCCUCUUAUAUUACCACCAGGACUCCACCAAAAUUGUGCUACCGCACUUGUUAACUUUUUUGCAGUAGCCUUGGGUAAACGAUAGCAAGACAUUACAUGAUUUGGUAAAGCCGUAAUCACUGACUUGAUGAUCACCUCUUUUCCUCCUUUCGUGAAGAACUUAAAAGUCCAACCAUUGACCCUAUUAUUUAGUCGAUCCUGUACAAAGACAAAAACCUGAAUUUUAGAACCCCCAAGACUCUCCGGCAAACCCAGAUAAUUUCCCAUCCCUCCCAGAUUUUGUAUGUCCAGAAUAUCUCUUAACUCCUGUCUGGCAGAUUCUUCAAUGUUGUGUCCAAAUUGAAUUGAUGACUUAACAGAAUUUAUUAGUUGACCUGACACUUUCUCGUAAUCCUUUAAUAUCGGAUAAUUGGGCUCAAUUGAGAAUAUUGUAUGGCUUUUUAUUUAAUUCAUGUUGUAUUAGAAAAAAAACAUUACUGAAAACCUUAAAAAAAAAAAAACUAAACGCAAUUAAGUAAGCAAAAUUUAUUUAUUUUAUUAAAUUAUUCUCUAACCAAAAUUACAAUUAUUCUCUAACUGGAUUAUUCUCUGCAGACUUUAAAUGUUAUAUAUAUAUAUAUAUAUAUAUAUAUAUAUAUAUAUAUAUAUAUAUAUAUAUAUAUAUAUAUAUAUAUAUAUAUAUAUAUAUGUGUAUAUUAUUAUUUUAUUUCAUAUACAAAAAUAUAAAGUGUAAAUGUUUUUUGUUAAAACAUAUAAAGUUAUUUUCAAAUAUAUGUUAAAUAAUCGAUGAUUAAUAUAAUUCAUACAUAUGUAUUUAAAUUAUAAGAAUACAACUAAAAAAAUUAAUUUAAUAUUUUCCUCAAAAAUUAAUAUACAUAAAUAUAAUAAUUGAUGCUUUAAUUUAUAAACAAAUACAUCAAAAGUGGUUACUAUAGUUAAGAUUGGUUUUAUAUCCAAUCCUAGUAUGAGCAAUCAACAAAUUAUAGAUAAUAAAAACCAUCGAUCUAUCACAAAUGUUACUCUAUACGGACGCAUGUUAUAUAUCGAAUAAACAUCCAUACGAACGCAUGUUUGUCCAACCAUUUCCUUAAUUUAUAUGUAUAUUUUAUUAAACAAAUAUUUGUGUGGAUGCACCGGUUAAAUUCUAAUUCUUAGUUAAAACGUUUAAUUUAGACAAUUGAAAAUUUUCAAAAAAAAAAAACAAAUCUCUGUAACUUUUUUCAAACGUUUUUAAAAUCAGUCUAUCUAUACACAAUAAUCUCAACCAAAAAAAAACAUUAUGGAAGAAUAUAUUUCAUCUUUCUAACUGACGAAUACACUUAACUAUUAUUUUAUCUAUUCUUAACACUCGUAGAUUAUAUUAAAAUAUACUUUUCCUAUAUAAAAGAUCGACGUUUUAACUAUCUCACACAUAUUAAGACAGUAAUCAUUUACUAUACUUUUCAUGACGAUUUACUUUUGUUGUAAUUUAUAAUUCAAUGAUGCUAUAUUAUUAAAAAAAAUUAUUUUUACAAAAUAAAAAUGCAUUAACUUUUUUUUACAUCAAUCGGCUAAUCUAUUACUCAACUUUGAGCUGGUCUGGAGAACCAGAUCGGAAUAGAACAACCAGUGUAAUACAAGUCCCUAUGAAAUGAUUUCGCUAUCUUAGCUAAUGAAUCAGAAGAUACAUUUUCAGAUCGGGGAAUAAAAACAAUCGAGAAAUCUGGAAAUCUGCUCUUCAGCUUCUGUAGUUCAUCUAAUUCAGUUGAGAAGUUAGGACAUGCUCUUGGGUCUUGAAUCAUCGAGACUAGAUCUUUACAGUCGGUGUCAAAAGCCUGACACGGCGAUAGCUAAAGCAUGCACUCCAUGCCCAUAAUAGGGCCUCGAGCUCUGAGUGAAGUGGUGAAAUUCUUCGUCACUGGUUUCGUGCUCCCAAUAGUUGAAUUGUUCCUCUUGAGGUUUUCUAUGUUCAUCCAUAACCACUAUAGAGUGUGUCAUGUAUCUUUGAUUCAUCUAUCAUGCAUCUCUCAGAGUUUGUUAUCGGCUUAGAGUUUUUUGUAACUACAUGCUCUUCUUGUUUGAUGUUUGCUUCAAACCGAACAUGACAUUCUGAUUCAGCAUAUCGGACAGUUUCCAACGGAUCUCUGUCUAUUCCUCUGAAUAGUUUAUCAUUCUUCGCUUUCCAAAUAUACCAAAUAAAAAUGCAUUAAUUAAAAUCAGAUUACCGAUCUUUUGUAUAUAAUAAAAAUUUAAGAAAUCAAUAUUUUAUAUAGAUAGAGAAUAUAUAUAGAAUAUCCAAAAUUAUAUCAUGGUGAUGUAUAAGAUAUAAUUUUAAAAUUUUACAACAUAAAAUAUUAUUUCCAAGAAUCUUAUACAUUCAAUAUUCGGCAGCGAUCCCUAAUAGGUUUAUUCAACAUUUCGUUUUUUUAUUGGUCUCUUGAUCGUUUGUAAUUUCCAAUUUGUAAUUUAUUAUUUUCUAGUCAAAACAAUAUUUUAUUAAACAAAGUACUGAACUUAAUCUACGUGAAAAUUUUAGUCACAUGGAAAUGCUAUUGUGAUAUUGGGGUUCCUGGAUGAAAUUCAUAACUUAUUUGAUGAUAAUUAUGAUAUUUCAAAUAUUUAUGUUUACUUAUGUUUCUAGCUAAUCCGAGAAGAUUUCUUAAGAAGUCUUGUAAGAGAAGACUUCUGAAGAAGUCUUUUACGUUAGAUUUUCAAGAAUGUAAAGUAACUUCAAAGUAUGGUUUUAACUUUCAAAAGUGCUAAGUAACUUCAAGAAUAUCAAAUCAUGUGGUUUAAUGUGUAUUUUUGGAUCAUAAAAUAUAAUUUUUAACUUACAUGAGAUUUAAAAUUUCAAUUUUCACUUAAAAUGCAAGUUUGAUCUUUGAAUUUGACUAAGUUUUCUUGUGAAGUCUUCUCUCUUAGUUUUAGUAAAUUUGACUAAGUUUUUUGUGUUGUUUUGUUUUUUUAUGAGUGGGUAUAAUGGUUAAAAAAAUUUCUUGGCAUGAUGUAUCAAUAACUUCAAUAAUGUUAAGUAUUUUUGGCAAAACAUGAACAUAUUUACCAUAUUCUUUGAUUAGCAUCUUUUCAAGUUUAUAAAAGAAUUUACAACUAAAAUAGUACAUAUACAAAUCAUAAACAGACCGUAAACAAUACUAUUACACAUAGAGAUAGAUAUCAUUCCUCAACAUAGAUAAGCUUGAACUGCACUUGACAUCAUUCCUUUGUGUACCACUUUGGCCAGAAGACUUCAGAAGACUUCCCGAAAACUUCGUGGGAAGUCUUCUAGCAUAAAACACAUUAGAAGACUUCCCAAGAAGUCUUCAAAGAGUCUUAUAAGAGUCUUCCAAAAGUCUUUUGAGAAGUCUUCCAAAACCUGAUUCACAUCUGAAAAAAUCUGCAUAUUUAAAAGUAUUCAUCAAAUGGCUUCAAAACAAGGAAAGCUUCAAAAAUAUUUUUUUAUACUUAAAUAAUAAACAAAACAAUCACAUUAGGUUGAAUCUAUAAUUUUUUAAAAUCUAAUAUAUAAAACAUACAAAUUACAUAUCCAAAAUUUGUACCAUUUUGGGCAUAAAACUUCGGAAGACUUCCUGAAGAUUUCGUGGGACAUCUUCUAGCCUAAACUGCAUUAGAAGACUUCUUGGAAGUCUUCCAAGAGUCUUCUGAGAAGUCUUCCAAAGUCUGACUCAGAUCUGAAAAAUUUGCAUAUUCAAAAGCAUUCAAAUGGUUUCAAAAUAGAGAAACCUUCAAAAAAUAUUUUUUUAUGCUUAAUAAUAAACAAAACAAUCACAUUAGGUUGAAUCAAUAGCUUCUUAGAAUCUAAUAUAUAAAACACACAAAAUACAUAUCAAAAAUUUGUACCACUUUGGGCAAAAUACUUCAGAAGACUUCCUAAAGACUUUUUGGGAAGUCUUGUAGCAUAAAAUGUAUUAGAAGACUUGCCUAGAAGUCUUCCGAGAGUCUUCUGAGAAGCCUUUCAAAGUUUGUCUCAAAUCUGAAAAACCUGCAAAUUUAAAAACAUUUAAAUGGCUUCUAAAGAAAGAAAAACUUCAAAAAUAUAAUUUUAUGCUUAAAUAAUAUACAAACAGUCACAUUAGGUUGAAUAUAUAGCUUUUCAGAAUCUAAUAUAUAAAACACAUAAUAUAUAUAAAACACAUAAUAAUGACUUGCCUUUGAAAGAGUGAAAGAUAAAAAUCAUGUAAUGAGAAACCUGUAAAAAAAAGAUAAAUUAGUGAGAAACAUAAAAAAAAAUGAGAAAUGGAUUUAAAGUUUGGUGUUUUGAUGUUCAAAGAGAUUAGAGAGAGGUAGGAGAGUCUUAGAGUGAGAAACAUUAUAUUUUUAUUGCAGCCAAUUUGAGAGGAAGAAAGAGAAUGUGUAAAUUUUAUUUAUAUAUGGAGACAAAAAUUCCAAUUAGGUUAAAUAUUUUCGAUACAAAAUACUUGGGAAGUCUUGUAGACCCUACAAUCAAAUACAUGAGAAGACUUCUGGAAGACUUCGCUUUAGACGAAAAAUUUAAAUUCUACUAAAAUUUAUGUGGAAAACCUAAAUUUUACUAAAAUUUAGGCGGAAAUAUGUUAGACAAAAUCUUUUAGAAGUCUUCUUGGGAAGUCUUUCAAAACAUAACAUAAUCAAAUAAUUAAUUAAAUAGCAAAUAACAAUUCAUUAAACUUAAAAUCAACUUACAUAGUGUUUAAUAUACAAAAUAACUUAACACAUGUAGGCAAUUUUUUUAAGUUAAGAUUCCAAAAUCUUACCCUAAAUAAUACUAUAACAUCUAUCUAUCUAUAAUAAUAAAAUAGAGUUUUCUCUCACCUCAGCCCUCCACAUCAUCAAGUAAGGAGGGGCAAAUGAGGACACGUGUCCAAACUAAAGCGUUCUAUGUUUCGGCAGUUUUUGUGGGUUCCACAUGUGGGUUUCAAAUAAAUUCGUCUGGGCCUUAGUUAAAUGAAAGUGGCCCACAUCUUUUAACCCUAGGAAACUCCGCCUCUUCAUCUAAGCUUCUUACCAUCGCAGCUUCUCUCGCCGGAGACGUAAAUGUUGAGUCUUGAGACGUUACAAACUCAGUCUGAGUCCAUGCAUCGUGUUUAACCCAAGCAUUUACGAUAGCUCUCCACUACUCCCACGAUCAUCAUUGAAUGCAACCCCAUUACUUCCUUGCUCUGGAUCUUCUACUAUAAAAAGGCUAAAUCCUCCACCGUCGAGGUCAGGUUGCUUAGGUUUUUGGAAGCUAAAACGUCAAGUACAGUGGCGAGCUCAUGGGUGUUGAAAUCCUCCUCCACUCUAAGUUUGUCAGAGGAGGUUGCGUUUGCACUUGCUCAAGGUUUGAAAGUAAUUGCUUGUGUUGGUGUGAUGAGACUCUUGAGCUGCGAGAAUCUGGGUCAACCAUGGAUGUUGUAGCUGCUCAGACUAAAGCUAUUACUGGUAUGUAGUAUGUACAUCCAUUAUAUUGUCAAACACAUUUUUAAUCUCUUUUAGCUUAUUUAAGUUCGUCUGAUUUAACAUUAGGGCCGUUAUGAUGACUGUUUCGGAUGAGACAGGCGAAGCUGUAUUUGUUGGUUUCGAUGGUGAUAUGACAAAGCUAACUAACAUCCCAGCCUCCGAGGCUGGUCCUCCCCUGGCUGAAGAUGGAGAGAACCCAAAAGAUAGUCAGCUCCCUCAGUUUACACAUUCCAGGUCAGAGUUUUCUACUACAAUUUUGGUGCUAAACAUCAGACAUUCACUUUCUCACAUAUCAUGGAAGAGGGUGAACGUCUUCCCCUCCCUGACUUUUGACAUGUUGGAUAUUUACACUGUUUUAACCAUCCAUAUUGCAUACAUUGAUCAUAUAGAUUAGGAAUUUAGCAUCUUUAGAGUCCAUAUUGCAUUCAUAUGUCCUAAUCAGGUAGUGGAGUUUCCUAUGGAGUAAUUGGAGGUGUUUAAAAGCAUUAUGGCUCAAGAAGAGAUGGAAAAUGAAGUUAGUUCGAGUUCAAGCGAGCACAACUCGGGUUGAGCCAACGCGGGUUCUCUUACCCGCGCCGAGGCAUCGAGAAGAAGAUAUGAAGGACUCCACGCGGGUUGAGUGGCGCGGGUAGCCGUACCCGUGUCGUCGAAGAGGAGUUGUCGAUGAUCUGACGCGGGAUGGAGCACGCGGGAAGCAGUACCCGCACGUAGGAAUUGGAGGCGUGGUAGCGUCUUGACGCGGGGUGGAGCACGCGGGUGAUCCCCAUUUUCCCCUACCCGCGUUACCGAAGGAUUCUGUUCGAGGAGUCACGCGGGUGAAGCAGCGCAGGGAAGCCUACCCGCACGUAUGAACUGAUGGCGCUUCGACGAGUUGACGCGGGGAAGCUGACGCGGUUGCACCCGACGGAACCCAACUCGAGUCGAGACUUUUACUUAGUCGAAUUUUAAUGUUUUUAAGGGCUUUUUAGACUUUUUAAUGGAAACCAUUAGGUUUACCAAAGACAUAUAAAUACUCUUGUAAUCCUAAAGUUAGGAUCUAUCUUGUUUUUUAUCUAAUCACAAAAGAACUCUUAGGUGAAAGAUCUUAUCUUAAUCAUUUUCUCUUGUGAUUACUUGAUUAUCCUGAUCACUAAUCAUGAUUAGCACCAAAUCAUCUUUGAUUCUUGGGCUCAUCAUGAAGAGUAGUGAGUAGUCAUCUUUGGAUUCAUGGGUUAGAGAGAUUAAGGGUGAUUAAGCUAGAUCUAAGGUGUUUAGGUAUAGAUCAAUCUUGUUCCUUGCUAGUAGAGUGCUUUUAAUGCAACUCUAGAGUUGGCCUCUCUAAAGUUGAGCUCUAGGCAUUUCAUACCCGGAAGGUGUUCGAUGAAAUGCCUGAACCAACUCUGCUAAGCUUUAACAUUCUUUACCAAAGGGAUUUGUUGUUAAAGGUGUUAAGAUGGCUAGUAGACUUGAGAUUAAUGAUUACUUAGAUAACAUUCAACCAAAGGAAUUUGAUGUUUGAGUUAUCUAGGUAAAUGAGCAUUCAUCUAGGGAUAGAGUUUGCUUAGGAUUGUGUCUAGGUCUAAGGUAGAUAUAGAUUGGUUGAAAGUUGACACCUUUAGGUUGAAUCUUGAAAGUUCAAUUCCCAUAGCCCAUGAGUUCUCCCAUCUUAAUAGAAAGAAAGCUUUGUCCUUUAUUGCAUUUUAGGUAGAAAUCUAGUUUAAAAUCAUCUCAAAAAACUGGUAGCACUUAGAUUAAGCAUGGUCUUGCAUUCUCUUUGCAUCAUAAUCACUUAGAACUGAUUUGACAUCCUUUAUACUUCAACAUUUGAUUUGGAGCCUUGAAAACUCCUAUCAUCAAAUUGGCGCCGUUGCCAAAUUCUAAGUUGAUUGUGACAUUGGGAUUUAGUCAUUUGCUUGAGACUAAGUCAAUUUUUAUUUAAUUAUGUUAUUGUUUCUCUUUGUUCUUCUCCCUUUGCAUUUCAGGUGUAUGAACACAAGGAGCAGAGGUCCAACAAACUUAUUUCCAAGAGUUGAAGACAUUAGAGCACUUGAGAGGGAGAUAGCAAGACAAAGAAGAAAAGUAGAGCAACAGGCUCACCUAGACAGAUUGGGGUUUGUGAUGGAUCAAUAUCAGAAUCAGCCUCAAGAUGGAGAGGGCAUUGGUCAAGGAGCUGCCAACCUUAGGCCACAACACCCACAGCGCCAGCCACAACAUCCACCGCGCCAAGCUCGUGCCAUUGGAGCCUAUGAUCAACCUCACAUUAUUGGUCAUAGGUUGGGAAUCAGAGCACCAGCUGUAGAGAACAACAACUUUGAGAUCAAGUCAGGACUGCUCAACACUAUAGAGAACAACAAGUAUUAUGGUCUUGUUGCUGAAGACCCUUUUGAUCACUUGUACAAGUUUGAUCAGUACUGUGGCUUGUCCAAGACUAAUGGUGUGUCUGAAGAUGCUUUCAAGCUGAAGCUAUUUCCUUUCUCUUUAGGAGACAAGGCACACCAAUGGAAAAAGACUCUUCCAAGUGACACUGUCACUACUUGGGAUGAGUGCAAGAGAGUUUACCUAGACAAGUUCUUCUCUACUUCAAGGACAGCUAAGAUCAGGAACGAAAUCUCCGGGUUUCAACAGAAAGGUCUAGAGAAUUUCAGUGAAGCAUGGGAGAGGUUCAAGGGCUAUUGGUCUCAAUGCCCUCAUCAUGGUUUCAGCAAGGAGAGUUUGCUUAGCACCUUCUAUAGAGGAGCCUUACCACAGUGCAGAAACAAGCUUGAUACUGCCAGCAAUGGUUUCUUCUUGGGGAGAACUGAAGAAGAAGCAGAGGAACUGGUAGAGAACAUGGCUAAGAGCGACUCAGUCUACAGUGAGGAGCAUGAUAGGGUCAACCGAAAUGAUGAUCAGCAGACAAAGAAAGAGAUCAAGUCCUUGCAGGAGAAGAUGGACUUGCUUCUUUCCAACCAAGCAAAGCAAGAGCAGGUCAACUUUGUAGGUGGUCCUAUUCAAGAAGUUCCUCCCAAGAUUAAUGAGGUUGAUGGUUUGGAAGAACAAGAAGAGCUGUGCUUCAUCAACAAUAAUGGUUCUUGGUACAGGAAGGAGCCUAACUUUCAGUACAACAACUACUAGCAAAGGUCCAACUCUAACAACCAGCAAGGAGGUUACCAGCAGAAGCAAAACACUC